CUGUCUGACGAGGGAUAUACCGUUUUGCUUUUCAGAAGCUUCGUAUCAACAAGCCUGCGAAUUAAGGUGGUUUACAAUCUCAGUGUUCUGGGUCUAACCAUGCAUGCUGCCCCCCUCCCUCUCUCUGAUACUACUGUCCCAGCCAUCUCACGCCAUGGCACGAAUCCCAAGCAGUUCGGCGGCGGUAUCUCCAGAUCUGAGUGGGGGCCAGAACAACGCCUUUGUGCCUAUUGAAUGAGAGCCCUGACACAUGGGACAGGGCGACGGCAGUUGGAUCUCCGAUAGCCGUAGGUCAGUACUCGGCUGUCGAUGCUGCCGCCGGCCAGCUGUCUACCUGUCCGGGGGAACCGAGUGCAUACAUAUAGGUCCGUGAGCCCAGGCCCGUCAUGCCGGGAUUCAGAGGUCAAGCUCGCAGCUGCUUGCUCCGCCACAGCAUACAACCGUAGUCUGAUUUCCCGACGAAUUGGUCCAAGAUGGUAACCGCAGCUCUCAGCCAGGGCGUCGGCUACGGCAUUGUCCUCGGCCUGGGCUUGCUAUUCGCCAUUGGCAUGAUCGCCACCACCUAUGUCCUCAAACGAUACAACAGGGAGCUGCAGACUUCCGAGAACUUCACCACGGCCGGGAGGACGGUCAAGUCCGGCCUCGUCGGCUCCGCGGUCGUCUCGUCCUGGACAUGGGCCGCCACGCUCCUCCAGUCCUCCGGCGUGUGCUACCGGUACGGCGUCUCUGGCCCGUUCUGGUACGCCUCGGGCGCCACCGUCCAGAUCCUCCUCUUCGCGACGCUCGCCAUUGAGCUCAAGCGCAGGGCGCCCAAUGCUCAUACGUUCCUCGAGGUCAUCAAGGCGAGGUACGGCACGGCCACGCAUCUCGUCUUCAUCGUUUUCGGCCUGAUGACCAACAUCCUGGUCACCCUGAUGCUCAUCGUGGGUGGUGCGGCGACCGUCAACGCGCUCACUGGCAUGCACACCGUCGCCGCGAUUUACCUGCUUCCCGUCGGUGUUGUCGCCUACACGCUUGUCGGCGGACUGAAAGCGACCUUCCUCACCGAUUGGGUCCACACCUUCAUCCUGCUCAUCAUCAUCAUCAUCUUCUCUUUGACGACGUACGCCAACUCCGACGUGCUCGGCAGCCCGUCCAAAGUCUACGACCUCCUCGUCGACGCUGCCCUCAGACACCCCGUCUCGGGCAACGCCGAGGGCUCGUACCUGACGAUGAGGUCGCAGGGCGGCGUCGAGUUCUUCGUCAUCAACAUCGUGGGCAACUUUGGCACCGUCUUCCUGGACAACGGCUACUACAACAAGGCCAUCGCCGCGUCUCCCGUCCACGCUCUCCCCGGCUACAUCCUCGGCGGCCUCUCGUGGUUCGCCAUCCCCUGGUUGACGGCCACGACCAUGGGCCUCUCGGCCCUGGCCCUCGAGUCGAGCCCGCGCUUCCCGACCUUCCCCGACCGCAUGACCGACGCCGAGGUUUCCGCCGGCCUGGCCCUCCCCUACGCCGCUGUCGCUCUCCUCGGCAAGGGCGGCGCCGCGGCGACCCUGCUGAUGAUCUUCAUGGCCGUCACCUCCGCCUCGUCCGCCGAGCUCAUCGCCGUGUCCUCCAUCUUCACCUACGACAUCUACCGGACCUACUUCAAGCCCGACGCCAGCGGCAAGCGCCUCAUCUACAUGUCCCACGUCGUCGUCGUCGUGUACGCCAUCGUCAUCAGCUCCGUCUCCGUGGGCCUCUACUACAACGGCAUCUCCAUGGGAUACCUCUACCUGCUCAUGGGCGUCCUCAUCUCCGCCGCCGUGCUCCCUGCCACCCUGACCCUCGUCUGGAAGGGCCAGAACAAGUGGGCGGCGACGCUCUCGCCCAUCGUCGGCACCAUCUUCGCCAUCAUCGGCUGGCUCGUCACUGCCAAGAAGACGUGCGGCGUCCUCGACGUGGCGUGCACGGGCUCCAACAGCCCGAUGCUGGCCGGCAACGUCAUUGCCCUGCUCUCCCCGGUUGUGCUGAUCCCCGUCUUCACGCUGGCCUUUGGCAUCGACAAGUACGACUGGAAGUCGAUGAUGGCGAUCCGUAGGGGCGACGACCACGACCUGGCCAGCGCGGCCGGCCUGGAUCUGGAGGAAGUCACGGGACACCACGAGUCGCAGGCGGACUUUGAGCGGGAGCAGGCCAUGUUGUCUCGCGCGUUCAAGAUAUCCGUCUCCAUGACGGUGUUCAUGACCAUUGCGAUGCUCAUCCUGUGGCCGAUGCCCAUGUACGGCUCCGGCUACAUCUUUAGCAAGCCCUUCUUCACCGGCUGGGUCGUGGUUGGCAUCCUCUGGAUCUUCUGCUCCUUUUUCGCCGUCGGCCUGUAUCCCAUCUUUGAGGGCCGCGCGACGCUCAUCCACACCGUAACGUCGAUGGUGUCCGGCAAGAAGCCGACGCGGCACAGCACCACCGUCACGCACGCCGAGCAGGAGGUCACGGAGAAGACGAGCCCCGGCACCGUCACACCGGAGAAUAAGGACGGAGGCAAGGAGACGAUCUCGUCGUGAUUGACUAGAGAGACUGUGUGAGAAACGGCUCGAUAAAUGAUGCUUGCAUGACUGAUGGAGAGAGAGGGGGGGAAUGUCGUGGUUCGGAGUCGUGGUUGCACUAUACCCUCGUUUACAUACCAAUUGUUCAAGAGAAAACGAUAUCCAGGAUUUUUAGGGAAGUAAUAGGAAAAUCAAAAGCAAGGAGU